AACUAUUUGGAUGUGCCUGAAUGUUUCGUUAAACCGUUUUAGAAAGCAUCAGAGAUUAACAGCGGUUGUUUUCCGAUAGGAAGAAGAAGAAUGUUUCGACGAAGUGGUUGUGCUCAUAACUAGAUUUCCAGAAGCUGCUACGAUUGCCGGAGCAUAUUCCGUUCUUUUUACACAAGACGCCUGCCAAGACUGAAGCCAUCUGAUGCAACAAUCCUACUCUUAGAUGUAUUAACGGAUCACAUGCGAUGGCUUCCGACUCUGAAGGGAAAACCGUCUUUCGACCGACCUGCCAACAGAGAAUUGAUUUCGACCCGUGUGUUCCAGUAUCGAUGCGGCGCAAAAGUAUGGUGAAUAACCAGUUCCUGUCCGAUGUGACGUUUGACGUUGGUCCGUCGCAUCAAAAAAUAUUUGCCCAUAAGAUUCUGCUAGCAACCGCGUCGGAGUAUUUCUACGGCAUGUUCUCUGGCAACUUCGUAGAGACUCGCCAACCGGAGAUCCGGCUAGAAUGGGUCGAUGCGCAGUUGUUCAUCACAAUUCUGCGCUACAUCUACUGUGGAACCGAUGCUAUCGUGCUCAAUGUUUCGAACCUGCGCGACAUCUAUUCUUAUUCACAGCGCUUCAUGCUAAACGAAUUGAACGACGAGGUGCGCAAGUUUUUGGAACGGCGAAUUGAAAAGGAUGGUCCGCUCCAAGUGCUAACCGACAACCGAUUCUUUGAGUUCCCGUCCGUUGACGACAACUGUUUGCAAAUAAUACGCAAAAAUCCUCUAUUCUACUUCAACAUCGAAAAAUUUCUUGAGAUCGAUAAGGUUUCGCUUGAUUUGAUCUUGUGCGCACAGCAAAUCAACUGCACCGACGACCAGCUGCUGACGGCAUUUGACAUUUGGAAUGGGCGUAACAACUUCUCAGAGGAGGAAGCCAAGGAAAUGAAGGAAAAGAUCUUGAAUGGCAAGCGUUCGUACAAUUGUACCAAGCUGCAUCUGUUCGGCGGUCAGAUGUUUGCCAUGGAUUCGGAAGCUGAAGCGCUCAACUUCUACAUUCAGUCGGACAACGACAUUGAAUUGUACGGCAUCGGCGUGUACAUUAAGUCGACCUCACAGGUCGUGGAGGUACAUAUGACCAUCGAAGAUGACAAUGACACCGAAAUCACCUCCGAUAUGUUCGAGUACGAGAACAAACUCGCUCAUACGGUUGGCGUGGCCGAUCUGUUCUUCGAGAAGACCGUAUUGUAUUCGCAUUGCUCGUACAAGAUUUCGCUUCGGACGCAUCCGCGUUGCGAUAUAUUUCUGCUUUCAGAACCGUACGUAUGCCACGACUCUAUGAGGCUGAACUUUACACAACCAGAUGGCCCGAACCAAUAUGUGCACGGUUUGGCGCAUUUCUUUUGCGAAGAGCGUCCGUCAACGGGCCAUGGUUAAUAGAGGCGAAAACCAAAACAGUUGGCGUCGCCGAAUACCGACACCCUUUCGCUUUGUUUAUGGACUGUAGUACCCGAAAAAUAUUUGCACUAUGACAAUGAUCUUAUCGUAGGGCUUUGACGAAGUCACCACGAUGCAGCCGCCAUCAUCGUAUACAAGGAAAUUGUAUUUUUUAUAAGAAAUCAAAGAGAGAUAUGGAGCCAGGCUGUUAGCGUGCUUCGGCAUAUCUGUUGUAUCCUGAGGUUGAAAAUAAAGCACGG